UGUAUAAUAAAUUCAUACAAAUGAAAGUCACGAAAGAAAACUAAAAAAAAAAAUGAAACUCCUACGCUGUCGCCAAUAAAUGACGUCACAAACAUGCGCUACUAUCGUCGGACCAACACGAGAAGCUGCAAGCAUACAAAUUGUCAGAUUGCGCGACUAAGGAGGUUGAAAAAAAGCCAUUCAUAGCCGGAGAAUAAAAUUAACGUGCGUAUAUUCUCCUUCCCCCCCCCCCCGAAAAAGGCCAUUGUGAGUGGACGUUGAUUUAAAAAAAAAAAUAGGCGUCUCGGAGACUAUGCCUUCUCCAGUCCCUCCCACCCGUGUGCUUUCCAAAGACAUUUACCCCUCCGUGGACAUCGGUACUUGUAGCAGCCCCUUAUCCAAGCACUCAUUCGGCUCCACUUUGCAAGUCCCCACGCAGAGGCACCACGGUAAAGUCGCCAGCCGUCUGUGGUCAUCCGUCAUCUACUGGAAGGAGCUGCACGGCGUUCAGCCCGUCGGUUCCGGGGGCUUCGGCUCCGUCUACAAGGCGAAAUACCGAGGCGAGACGGUGGCGUUGAAAAAAGUCAAGAAAUGCACCAAAAAUAAACUGGCUUCCCGUCAGAGUUUUUGGGCGGAACUGAACGCCGCGCACCUCCGUCACCGCAACGUCGUCCGCGUCAUCGCGGCGACCACCUGCAUGCCGACGGACUUCGGAGACGAGAGGAGCAUCGGGACCAUCGUGAUGGAGUACGUGGGGAGCAGGAAUCUGCAGCAGAUCAUCUACGGCUGUGCCGAGGAGCCGCUGCCCCCGGAAAGGUGGGUCAAACACUCUUUGGACAUCGCGCGCGGUUUGCAGUUCCUCCACUCCCACAAAAUCGUCCACCUGGACAUAAAACCAGCCAACGUUUUGGUGUCCGCCGAGGACGUGUGCAAGAUCGCAGACUUCGGUUGCUCCGUUCAGCUCGAUACCAAACGCGAAGCGUCUGAGGUGGUUCCGAUGAGUCACGCCGGUGGCACGUACACGCACCGAGCGCCGGAAUUGCUCAAAGGCGAAGGCGUCUCUGAGAAAUCGGAUAUUUUCUCCUUCGGGAUUACCAUGUGGCAGAUGAUCACAAGGGAGCAGCCCUACGCGGGCGACCGGCAGCACGUCCUCUACGCGGUGGUCGCGCACAAUCUGCGGCCCGAUCUCGAAGACCAGGACGCGUUCCGGUCGCAGCGCGGCGGGUUCUGCAGGACUUUGCUGAGCAGGUGUUGGGAUGCGGAGGCCCGGUCUAGAUUCAGUGCCCGAGACCUCAUAACCCAACUGGAGCAACUCCAGGCGGAAUUGUGACGUGUGCAGAUUUUAGCAGCAUUUUACUUCUCAGGUAUUGAUUUUAUCUCUUUUGAGAUUGAGAUGGAUUUCCGAUUAUAUGACCGCUUGGUUCUGAUUCAGAACCAAAACAGAUUAUUAAAUCCGUCCAUUAAUCCAUUCAAAAAUGAAGCUACUGCUAACGAGUCAUUAAAGAAGAUGAUUUAUGCGGGGUGUCAUUAUUUUAAAUGGCUGACGGUUAGCCUUGUAAUUGUUUUUUUUUUUUUUGUACUGCAGUAUUAACGCGAUGCUAAAAAAAAAACAUGUCUCAUAACUGGAAAGUCAUUAUUCAUUUCCACAUCAUGGAAUCAUAAAGCUGCUAGUAUUUUCAUUUUAAUCUUAAAUAUCUUAAUCCUGAAGUGUUUUUUUUUUGAGUGUACUUUGUUUAUGAUAAGAGAUUUUAGCGAUUAUACUUUAAUUAAAAUGGUUUCACACGUUUA